AUGGCGCAGCACCGGGCGAGCUGGACCGAGACGAAGCUCGAGCUCACGCGCACGCUCUCGACCAAGUACCCGCCGAGCAGCGAGAUCUUCCGCGCGGGCCGGUCGAAGACGCAGCGCUUCCUCGAGGGCCUCUACGACGGCACGCGCGAGCGCGCGCAGCUCACGCACACGAAGAUCGCGCAUCGUUUGGACAAGCUCAGCGUGGGCAAGUUCACGAUCGACCCGCUGGCGUCCCGGGCCAUGCACCAGUGGGACGUGACCGUGUCGCUGGCGCUGGUCUACACGGUGCUCGUGCCGCCCGCGGAGAUCGCGUUCGCGCGGCGCAUCAACGCGUGGUCGGCGACGGGCGACCGGUGGGGGUUGUUUCUGUUAUCGCUGGGCAACUUGCUCGUCUGGAGCGUUUUCGUCUUCGACGUCAUGCUCCAGUUCUUCACGCACGUCCAGCUGCCGGAGUCGCAGGGCGGCUUCUGGAUCCGGAACCACAGGGGGAUCACGCGCCACUACCUGCGGACGGCGUUCGCUUUGGACUUCGUGUCCAUCGUCCCCUUUGGGUACCUGAGCCUGCUGGCGGGGCCCUACACGGCGGGGCGGGAAGUGAGAGCGCUGAAGCUGCUGCGGCUGCUGCGGCUGACGAAGCUGCUGAGGAUGUACCGGACGUCGCGGCUGUUGCUGCGCUACCGAUCCGACAACACGAUGUCCAUCGGCAUGUCGAACAUCGCGUCGGUGAUCUGCGGUUUUGUGAUUGCGUCCCACUGGCUCGCGUGCCUCUGGGGCUACGUGGGCAACAACAGCGCGCCGAUCGAAAACACGUGGAUGGCCGCGUAUUUGGACGGCGGCGACUCCGGGCCGGACCGCGGCGGCUGGAACAUCCGGGACCCCAAGUUCCAGUAUUUGAUGUCGUUGUAUUUUACGCUGACGACGCUGACGACCGUGGGCUACGGGGACGUGCUGCCGAAGAACGUCGCGGAGCGCUCCGUCGCGACGCUCAUGAUUCUAUUCGGGGGCAUGCUCUGGUCUUUGAUCAUCGCGGCGAUCACGCAGACCGUGGCGACGCUCGACAGCGACCAUAUUACGUAUAAUCAGCGCUACGACCAGAUCAAUCGCAUGUUGGUGGAUUUGCAGGUGUGCACGCCGCUCCGGCGCGAGGCGCGCGAGUACCUGUUAGGGUCCGCGAACGUGCAGCGCCGCGAGCACUACGGCGACCUCGUGGAGCUGCUGAGCCCCGGGCUGCAGGAGUCCGUGGCCGAGAACGUGUUUGUGGUGCUGCUGAACGUCGUGCCCUACUUCACGAAGCUCGACGCGAUCGUGAAACUGGAGAUCUUCAAGACGCUCGGGCACCUGCUCUUCGCGCCAGAGGAGAUCGUCAACGUGCAGAAGACGCUCAUGAUCAUCACGAACCACGGCUUCAUCGGCACGAAGGGGCGCCUCAAGAUGAUCGGCGACGCGCUUUUCUUCGACUUUCUGGUCUCCGACGACGAGCCGCCGCCCAUGGCCGUCGUCCUCAAGUUCUGCGAGGUCGCGACGAUCCGGCGCGCCGACAUCUUCGAGGUCUGCGCGCGGCACCCGGCGGCGACGACGCCGCUGCUCUACGCGCGCGUCUUCUGGGCCUUGGUGAAGCUCGGGCGCGACGUCCGCGCCGCGCGCGUCGAGCGCCGCGCGCACCACGAGGAGCGCGCGUCGCUCGCGACGGUCUACAAGCGGAACCGCGACCUCGUCGACGCGCUCACGUCCGGCGGCGACGAGUCCAAGAAGCGCGGGAGCGUCUACGCCGCGGCGCCGCUGCCGCCGGGCAGCCCCUUCCGGCCGCCGCCGCCGCGGGGCACCCCCCUCGCCGCGCCGCGGCCGCCGCCGCCGGCGGUCGCGCCGGCGGUCGCGCCGCCGGCGGACGCGGAGCGCGACCUGCUGGCGCGCCUCGAGGAGGCGGACGCGGCCGCGGCGCGCCUCGGCGCCGGCUCCGCGGCGGGCGACGCGUGGCGCGCGCGGCGGGACCGCCUCGCGCGGGACCUCGAGGACCUCCAGGGCGAUCUCGGCGCGCCGCCGCGGCGGCGACGAGGCUCGCAGCGCGCGGCGCUCCUCGCGGAGCUCGCCGCCGACGACUCGGAGGACCCGGACUGCGGCUCCCGGCUCUGCCUCGCCUAA